AUGGUCUACUGCGGGAAGCCAUCCCGUGGCUGUCAGAUGUGCAGGACAAGAAGAAUUAAGUGCGACGAAACAAAACCUACAUGUUCGCAAUGCCAAAAAUCAAGGCGCCAAUGUCCUGGGUACAAAGACGAAUUCGAUCUAGUCUUUCGCAAUGAGACGCAAGCCACGGAGAAAAGGGCCAGAAAAACAUUACACAUCAAGAGGCAGGGUAUACUCGACAAUCAAGCCGAUCUUGCCAAUAGUCUUAGAGAUGAUAGCAACAUGCAGGAUACCUCCUCUUCAAGGCUGGCAAUGAUGCUUUCAACAUCACAAGCACUCGCACUCUCGGUUCCUAUUGAACAACAAGCGCCCUGCUUCUUCGUAACUAAUUUCAUCAUACCCCUUUCAGAUAGAGGGGCUGGGACAGGGCCAGGACAUUUCGAUUAUCUCGAGCCUUUGAUGAAAAUAGCGGGACCGAACUCUACAUUAUCAGUUGCUUUUGAAGCUGUUGCAAUGGCGGCUCUAGCGAAUAGACCCAAUUCAAGAGGACGAGGGCUGCUGCCCAAAGCUAUGGGACAAUAUGCAAAAGCUCUGAAGGCUACAAACUUAGCACUCCAGAACCCAGCUCAUCAGAAAACCGACCAGACACUAGCUUCAAUUCUAAUGUUGGGCUUUUUUGAGACGGUUUUGGCGCAAAGUAACAAUGCUCAAGCAUGGUACUCGCAUGUCGACGGCGCAGUACAGGUCGUCAGAAUGCGGGGUAAGAAGCAAUUACGAACGAAAAUUGGGCAAAGUAUGUUUCGGGUAGUAAGGAACCAAAUGACCGUCAACUGCAUGACCGCCUCAAAAGUGCCAGCAGGAGGAGCCGACUGGUGGUGUACCGACUCACCAGGCGAGGACUUUAUAGUAAGACUUAACAUCGCAGUAGCAACAUUAAGGUCUGAAAUCCACGCCGCACUUGCGGACUGGCCCCGGACGCCAGAAUACUUCCAGAAAGCCACCGAGUUCAUUCGCAGAGCUCGGGUCAUGGAAAAACAGUAUUUGCAAUGGGAAUCACUGUUGCCAGAAUACCUGAAACCGAAGUCCAUAGCAUGGGUCGACCAAAUCCCAGGAGGUGAUAUCACCAAAGCGGAAGUCUGUCCCGGAAAGGUUGAUGUAUACCAAGAUAUCCGGAUAGCCACUAUGUGGAACCACACACGUAUAUUACGACUCUACAUAUCAGGCACGAUUGUCCGCUGUGCAGCAUGGAUCCGCUCGCCUCUAGAUUACCGCACUGCUCCUGAGUACAGCACCGAGUCACGGCUAUGCCACGACCUGAUCACCGAAACCAUUGCAUCGAUACCGUUUUUCCUCGGCUGGCGCGUCGGCCACGGAGGAGGCGAUUCGCCAGCUGGCGAACAACCCAACGGCGCUGCCCGCCCUAAGAACUUCGUCAGCCCCAGCGGCGCCGCUGCCUUCUUCGCUAUAUGGCCGCUCUUCUCUAUCAGCGCUACGGACUCCAUCACGGAUCUGCAGCGCGCGUGGGUCAAGGGCCGUUUAGUCUUUAUCGGCGAAGUUAUAGGCUUGAGCCAUGCGAAAGUCCUCAGUGGCUUCCAGCUCCGCCUCCCCUCCAUGACCAUCCGCCGCGACAACAUGGGCCACGCAGCGCCCACGCCAGAAAUGCUAGCCGCAGCCGUAACGCGCGGCGUCUACACCUACGCUCCCUCGAGCUCCAGCUCCAGCUCCAGCUCCAGCGCUAGAAAUACGCCUACAGACGAAAGCACAACCUCGCAAUCACAACCGCAGUCGCCAUUCAACCCGGCUAGUUUUGCUUCUCCGGGUUCGGGUAUCUCUCAAAGGAAUAAUAACCAUAACGGGGCAACGAAUCCGGGACAGGGAAUGGGAAUGGGACAGCCGCUUUACACGCUUAGCCCACAGCAGCAGCGACAGGCGAUGCAGAAAGAGGCGUAUGAGAGGGAGCGCGCGAGCUUGCUGAAGAAGGCGAGUAAUAGCCAGGGGGCUGCGGUGGAGAAGCUGGCGGCUAAGUUCUUGGCUGUCUGA